AUCGCAUGGAGAACCCUGAAAAGGCGAAGGAAGAUGAAGAAAAAGGAGGAUCGGUUCGCUAUCGAGGAGUGAGGCGGCGGCCGUGGGGGAAGUUCGCGGCCGAAAUUCGAGAUCCGUCGAGGCAUGGAGCUCGAGUGUGGCUUGGGACGUACGAUUCCGCGGAAGAAGCUGCUAGGGCUUACGACCGCGCCGCGAUACGGUUGAGGGGUAAUCAAGCUAUUAUUAACUUUCCCAGUGACGAUUACUCUGAAUACGAGCAAUCUGCACAUCCUCCUGAACAAUCAUUGUCCUCCUCUGGGGAUUACGGGGAGAGUUCUCGUCGCGAGAUAAGUAGAUCUAGUCAGAAAGCUAAAGAAGUUUUCGAGUUCGAGUGCUUGGAUGACAAGGUUCUUGAGGAUCUCCUCGAACAAGAAGAGGGGAAAAACAAGUGAAUGGUACUC